GGAAAUACUGCCUUUUCCUAUGGAAAUACAAAGGCAAUGCAAAUGGAGUAUAGCCAUUUACAAGAUAUGUUAGUUCUUCGUUAUGUUGGAGGAGAUCCUUGUCCACCAGUGACUGAAAGUGAUGACGUCUGUGUUCUGCCAUUUACAUAUAAAGGAAAAACUUAUAGCACAUGUAUUUCUGAAGAGAGACUUCGGCCAUGGUGUCCUACCUCCUCAGAUUUUGAGAAAAAUAACAAAUGGGAUUAUUGUUCAACAGCAUCUGAGAGAAGAAGCUCCACUAUCUUGUUUAAAUGUGAUGAACGUGUUGCAAAAGGAGCUCCUACAUUGGUCAGUGACACCAAGGGCUGCUCAGCCACAUUUGAAUGGAAAACAAAGCUGGUAUGCCUUCCAACAAAGUUAGAUUGCAAGUUUAUUAUCGAUCAUAAGUCUUAUGACUUAAGGAUGCUCUCUUCCUUGACUGGAUCCUGGUCUUUUGCUGCAGAUGGUAGCAAGUAUUAUUUAAACCUUUGUCAGCGAGUGAACCAGGGUCCUAGCGCAUGCUCAGAGAGUGCGAGUGUGUGCCAGGAGAGGAAUGGGAGAGUUCAGGUUCUGGGGCAAGUUCACACACAGAAGGUCACAGUAAAGGGUGAUAUAGUGUUAGUGACUUAUUCCGGUGGAGAUUCUUGUGGAAACGAUAAACAAUUUUCUACUACGAUACAGCUAACGUGUGCGAAUGUAACUGGAAAACCAAAGAUGAAGCAAUACAACUCCGAGUCUUGUCAGUACAUAUUUACAUGGGAGACAAGAGCAGCUUGUGCUGUUAUUCCAAAAGAGGUUGUGAUGGCACAUGGAAUAAUAUAUGGGGACAAUGGUGCAAGUGUUAACUUGUCAGGCAUCUAUAUCAAAUCAUACAAUGCCAGUGGGGAUCAAAGAGUGACAGAUCAGUAUAUGUAUGAAAUUCAGCUUUCUGGUAGAGAAAACUCUGCCUAUCAGAAAUGUAAUGGAGCCAGCGUAUGCCAAGUGAAGACAAAUGGGCAGUUCACAAGACCAAUCGGUUCUCCCAACCAAAUCAAAUAUUAUAUUGAUGAUGAUAGUUUAGAAGCUGUUUUUUCUUCCAACUCAAAAUGUGGUAAAGAUCCCCAAAAAAAUGCCACAUCCACUAUAUUCUUCUACUGUAGCCAAACUGAGGGGGAAGGGAGACCUGAAUUCCUGCACGAAACAGCAGAUUGUCAGUAUUUGUUCUCCUGGUAUACAACUGCCAUCUGUCCACUGGUGCCAGAGAAUUCUGCAAGUACUACGGAUGACGGAGAUCAGAAUCAAUACCAGGGCCUGUCCGGUAGAAGCCAAGCUGUGGGAGCUAUUCUUAGUAUUCUUUUAGUGAUCCUUGUCAUCUGUCUGGUGGUGUUGCUGUUGUACAAGAAGGAGAGAAGGGAAACGAUGAUGUACAAACUAAAACCAACUGCUGUAGGAGGAGUUCCAAUGUGUCUUACAAAUACACAAAGAUCAAUACAGAAGAAGAAAUGGACAAUGAGACUGAGUGGCUUAUGGAAGAAGUGUCUGGAGGCCAUGCAAAACCACACCAUGAGAACGGCCAUGUCAGAAGUGUGAAGGCCGGAGCGUUUACUUCAUUGGAUGUGGAUGACCUUGACAGUGAAGAUGAGGUCCUAACUGUACCAGAAGUCAGAAUAAAGUCUGCAAGAAACCAGAAUAGGAGUGAAAAACAGUCAUUAAACACAUAUCCUUCUGGCAGUGACGAGAACUUGAUAGGAGUUUUUUAAUGGAGGCCAAGAAAAGACUAGAAAGUCGAGAUCGGUCCAGCAGAAUAAAGAGGACAAGCUGAAUGUAGCUUCAUUUCAUGAUGACAGUGACGAGGACAUGCUCAACGUUUAG